CGGGUUGAGGCGGUAUCGUAUCGUCGGAUCGUCAGUCAGCGAUUGCCCAGCGCGCUCCACGAACGCGCGGCCAUUCCCGCUCAUUUUCAAAUCUCGACCGAAUCGAACAUAGACACGAUAAAAUUUUGUGUUCCUUUUAAAUUCGAACUAUUUUACGCCCAUUCUUUUUUUAAACGAUUAUUUUGAAGUGAAUAGUGUUGUGCAGUGCUUUUUUGUUUAUCGAUAAAAUUGUUUUUGUUUUUUUUGACAAUAAUGAUUUCGGAUUUAUUUUUCUGCAUCAUCGGCUAGAUUAGCCGCUGUGAAUAUUUUUUGACCGCAUCGGAGCAGCGAGCGUCCGCCCCUGAGGAGAUGCAGGCGCGACACAGCCUCUGGUGGCACCUACUUAUUGAUCUACCUAUAUUGUUGUUAGUGGCAGCAGUAUGUAUCCUGCUGGAAGUGGGAGCGUUGCCGAGCAGACGAGCUGGGUUCACGUGCAACGACCCAGCCCUGUCCUACCCUCACACGGGAGACACCUUCUCCAUAUCCCUGGUGGCUGCCAUCACAGUCAUCGUACCUUAUUUAGUUCUCUGGGCAAUCGAAACUACUCUUCAACGCGAAGACGAGUAUAAUCUCAAGAAGAGCAAAUUACUCACCAGCGCGAAGACAGCUGCCUUCCUCUACCGAGACUACAUCUAUGGAUCAGUGGUCAAUCUGACCAUAUUGGAGGUCGUCAAGUGUGUGGUCGGGUCUCCCAGGCCCACGUUCUUCGAUCUAUGCCAGCCUGAUAAGGCUAGCACUUGCAAUGAUUCAGAGUUCGUGAGUGACUACCGUUGCACGUCAACGAAGUACUCUCGCUACCUACAGAUCGACAGCAGCCGCAGCUUCCCAUCUGCGCACGCAUCGCUCUCUAUCUACUGCGGACUGUUUUUAGCUUGGUACCUCCAAAGGCGAGCGUUCAGCUGGCACAACCGCUCCGUGCUGCUUGUGCCUCUGCUGCAAGUCCUCUGCAUCGUGUACGCCGCUGUGUGCUCGCUGAGCCGGCUCAGCGACCAUCGGCAUCAUUGGUGGGACGUCCUGGUUGGGGGAGCGAUGGGAGUGCUCAGUGUCUUGUACACGGUCCUGGUUCUAUGCAAGAACUUCUCACAGCCAGCCGUGGUGAGCACGAGUGACAUUUCCAGCAGUGAUGGCAACAACCACCAGUCGGUGCGACGGCUGCUGUCCAGCGAGCCCCAUGUAGUGGUCCCCUAGCCCGUGGCAGUGUAAGCGGCAGCUUACCUGGUGAUAAACUAUUAAGUGAAGUGAAGUUCAGUUGCUGGGACGCCUGAAAAAAUUUAGGGAUGCCUAGAAAAUGUUUUGGGACAUCUACGCUAACUUUGGUCGCCUAAACUAUUAUUUGGGAUGCUCAAGUAAUUUUUGGGACAACUAAGGUUUUGUUUGGGACAGUCAAGUAAUUUUUGGGACGUCUGAUCGAUUAUUUAGGACGUCAAAGCUGUUAUUUGAGUCGCUUAAAUAAUUUUUGGGACGCCUCAGUAAUUUUUGGUAUGCCCAAGGUAUUAUUUGGGACGCCCAAGUAAUUUUUGGGACGCCUAAGCGAUUAUUUAGGACACUUAAGGAAUUAAGUAGAAGUACCAAUAAUGGAUGUGUGAACCUCAUUUUAGAUCUAGAUUUAGUCUAAGAUUGUUUGAGGUUAGAAUCUCAAUUUGUUUGCUUUCAAAUUCUAGCAAUUUGUUUUGUAGAUAUUGCGUGUGUUUGAGAAGAUGUUUUAAAUUUUAGAUCGGUACCUAUCUGAAAUUAUUAAUUAGAUACAAAGAGAUUUAAAUGUGUUUUAACGAGUUUUCAACGAUUAUUAGUAGAAUAAGUCGUUCAAGAAAUUGUUUUAUGUCUUUGAUUGGAAAUCAAACACGUAUUUUUAGAAUUGUUUGUUUAGCUCACUGGUCAGAUCUACAUUAAUUUUUUUGUGAAAAUAAUAGGAUUUGUUUUUAAUUUUGUAGCUACUAAAAUAGUAGUUUUAUUACAAAGAAAUUAAAAUUCUAAAUCGAUUAACGUAGAUAUUGACCAGAGUUUUUCUUUCAACGAAAACGAAACUUCAGAUAGUAUAAUAUGGGAAAACAUGUUCUAAUUUGGUGCCGUUGAGGAGAAAAAGAUUUGUGUCGAUUUGUAAAUAGUUAAAUUUAGGUUUAAAUUAGUAUUUUGUGUGGAUGAGCUCGUUACAAAUUAUAAGAAACGUAAUAUAAACUUGUUUCUGAUAUUCCAUAGCGAUUUCUCAGCCCAUUUCAUAAUUUUAAUUCGUACACAAAAGUAAUAAAAUGCAAUUUGAAAUCUACUUAUUACACAAAAAUAAACAUUGAAUUUCUAAAUUCUAUUUUUGUUAUUAAAUUAAAAUGAACAAAUGUACAAAGUUAGAUGCUGACUCCAUAUUAUAAAACAUAGAAAUCCACUUACAGAUGCCCAUGGGAUUGCUGCUUUCAUCUUAAUCCCCCUUGUUUUAAAUCCAUGGGGAUGUCCAAUCUUGGCUCAGAAGCAUCUUAUUUAAAGCGGCAUAAGUCCCCUUUUUGUUUGUUCACUUUGUUUGCUUUAGCAAAUGGAAUUUGUCAAUCAUUUUCUACACAACUUCAAAUAAGGGAGAAAUUGAUUAUAUUUUUAGAAAGGGAAUGACAUAACAAAAGUUGAAGACAACUGUGUCUUCUCUUUGAAGUUAUCUAGAGUAAUAAAUAAAAUUGGAGUGUCCGCUUGUAAUAUUGGAAAAACCGGUUUUAAGUACUACAAGCAUAUGAAUAUAAUAUAUACAAUACAUAUAAGUACACCAGAAUUACAUUUUUGCUGUCUAUUUAUUCCGGCUAAUCUCUAAAUUGACUGGACCAAAAUUGCCGGGACUUUUAUUGGCAGGUAGCUGAUGUACUAUGGAGUUACUUAGACUACUUUUCAUCAGCUAGUUAUUAAUAAAUAUCGGUUAACAGAAAGUAAGAAAGUACCUAUAAAAUAUUACAAAUAAUAGACUUUUUCUUCAAACUAAAAUAUUGCCAUUUUAAUUUUGUACAAUUUUAUUUUAGUAUUCGUAACUUGAAGAGAAUUUUUGAAAUGAUUAUAUUUAUAGUUGUAAUAGAUGUGUUAAUGGUUUAUGAAUGUCAUUGUACUGUAUCUAAUUGUUUGACUUUGAUUAGAAUUUUAGAUUUUUGCGCCUAAUAAUUGUAAAAAACAAUGAGUCAUUCGUAGUUGUAAAAUUUCAUUAUAAUUAAAUAUAAGUUAAUUAUAAAUGAGACCAGUGAUACUGUAAUUCUAAUUUAUUCAAAAUAAAAUGUGAUUAUAUCUCCAGUUCGUAAAUAACGUCAGGAACAUCGAUGACCAAACUAAAACUAAAAAUGAAGAUAAUCACAUUUUAUUUUAGUAAAUUUUAAUUACAAGGAUGAAAAAUAAAUAAUGAAUGAAUAUUUUCAUGUAAUAGAAUGGUUUGACGGCGUAACACUACUUACUAAUUUAUUAAUUACUUAUAAUAAUAGUAAUUGUUUAUAAAAUACACUAAAAUAGUAACAAACAUUUGACAGUAUUCACUGCUUAGUACCUGUCUAGUCGUAAGUUUAUUAAAAUGUAUUUAUUAUUAACACGUUUUUCAUCAAACAAUAUUGAAAUGCCCACCUGUAAUUAUAAAUAACGAUAAUAAUAAUUAAUGAAAUAACCUUUUUUAGUUUUUACUUUAAUAAAGUAAAAGUUGACAUAUCAAAUUGAUUUUUUUAGUAAAAUGAAUAAAAAAACUGAAUUAAAAAAUAUAUUUUCUGUAUUUUUUAAGAAUUUGACAUUCCUGUGCAUUUAGUAAUACAAAAAUAAUGUUAGUUCUUUUUUAUUUCGAAAAUUGUAAAUAUUCUGUUUAAGCUGUAGAUGUGUGAAUGUGGCUGUAUGUUAUGUAAACAAGUAAUAAAUAAAUUAAU